AUGUCCGAGGAAAGUGCCAUCUUGGCUCUACUCCAAGGUCAAGGUGACAACAGUGGGGGUGACAACACUGAGGGUGACACUGAGGGUGACAACACUGGGGGUGACAACACCGAGGGUGACAACAGUGAGGGUGACAACACUGAGGGUGACAACACUGGGGGUGACAACACCGAGGGUGACAACAGUGAGGGUGACAACACUGAGGGUGACAACACUGAGGGUGACAACAGUGAGGGUGACAACAGUGGGGGUGACAACUCUGAGGGUGACAACACUGAGGGUGACAACACUGAUGGUGACAACACUGGGGGUGACAACACCGAGGGUGACAACAGUGAGGGUGACAACACUGGGGGUGACAACACUGAGGGUGACAACACUGAGGGUGACAACAGUGAGGGUGACAAAAGUGGGGGUGACAACUCUGAGGGUGACAACACUGAGGGUGACAACACUGAUGGUGACAACACUGGGGGUGACAACACCGAUGGUGACAACAGUGAGGGUGACAACACUGGGGGUGACAACACUGAGGGUGACAACACAGAGGGUGACAACACUGAGGGUGACAACACUGGGGGUUACAACACUGAGGGUGACAACAGUGAGGGUGACAACAGUGGGGGUGACAACACUGAGGGUGACAACAGUGGGGGUGACAACACUGAGGGUGACAACACUGAGGGUGACAACACUGAGGGUAUAAUACCCAGACCCUUCACUCUAAACUCUAGCAAUCAUGGCAUUAUCUGCCCCCAAGUGGCUCUUUAG